UUCAACGUUGUCCUGUGCCUAUUGACGUUAGAGAGACAUUGGAGUGGUGGAACGUGGCACGAUGGGUUACUCUAUGAAGCAAAAGAUCGACAUUUGCCUCAUGAGUGAGGCAAAUCCCAGUAUGACUCAAACGGAUCUUGCUCAAUGGGCAAAGACAAGGUUCAACUCCACGAAACCACCAUCUCAGACCACAAUCUCGAGGAUAUUGGCCAAGAAGGAUGCCCUCAUCUCUCUAAAAGAGCACGAGUACAAGCUCAUACGGCGAAGACGCCUCUCAAACACGCUCUUGAGGAAAGUGCUGCUGGAGUGGAUCACGCAAUGCGUGUGGAACAACAUUCCAAUAACGUCUCCAAUCAUACUGAGCUCAGCAGCCAACUUUUGGAAGCAGUUACCAGAGACGAUGAAAGACGGGACUGGUGAGUUCUCGUUCAAAUGGUGCUCUCAGUUCUUGUCGAGGGUCAACAUCAACUUGUCGACCAUUGACCGGGACUUAUAUGCCAACAGGCUCCAUGUCUGGACAUUUGAAGAGAGAGAGAACCUGAAGUCGCUGUUUACAGGUGUGGAUCCUUCAAAGAUCUUCACUGUGCAGGAGAUGCUGAUCAGUCACGACCUGCCCUUGGACAAGGCUCUUUAUCACGAUAGCUCUGAUUUUCUCACUUGUAUGUUGUGCACGAACGUUGACGGGUCUGAGAGGUUGGACCCGUUGAUCAUUGGAAGGUACGAAGACUACCCGUCUUUUGAGUCGAAAUCAUCGAUGAAGGCAGCUACAAAGCACGGCGUCAGCUAUCGCAGCAAUCGUAAGAAAUGGCUCACCUCGACUGUUUUCUACGAUUGGCUGUGUGUCCUUGAUAAGAGAUUGGCACUUGUCCAAAAGGAUAUUAUUUUGGUACUUGAUGACACUGCUUCGCACAGAGUUGUUAACAUCAAGCUUCAAAGGAUUCGUCUGUUGUACACCUCUUCAAAUUCUAACUUCUUACCUAUGGCCUGGGGUGUUGAGAACGAUCUACGGUUGAAUUUCAGAAUUGCUCAAUACGAAAAGCUCAGACAGAAGCAGGUCUCGCUGAGGGAUAAGAUCUUGUCAGAUCAGGAGUUGCAUUUCACUAUGGCAGACACGUUUGACCUAAUUAAAGUGGCAUGGGCAAAUUUGCCCGCCUCUAGGAUCAAAUCUGCUUGGAAGCAGUCUGGUAUAUUACCAGAUUCCAUCACACAGUCAUUCGGGAAGGUUCGAAUGUUCGAUGACACUUUGGAGACGAAACUGGUGGAUGCUAUUGACUCUUUACUAGUGCAGGAGAAGUGGGAUGUACUAUCGCUUAUGGAUCUAAGCAUUGAGAAGAAGAUCAACAAGACUUUUCUUUCAAACCAGGAGAUCAUCGAGUCCUGUAUCGUUGAUAACUACGACGAUUUCGACCACAGUACUGGGAAACAAUUAAGAGCUCCAUUCUCACAUACAUUGGGACAAGAAUUCCAGCCACUUCGAAGAUUUGGCCAGGUCCGUCGUAAAUACGGAUAUUACUCCAAUGGAAGCACGCCUACGGACUCCACAUCGCCCAGAAUCCCGUCAGACUACUGGGACCUGGACAACUUCCAGUUUGAUGGUAAUAUGGCAGACUUUUAUAUGCUUGGGAAUGAACCAUCGCCAGCACAAGCACAAGCACCUGUUACACAGGUUCAGCUCAUGUCUGAAUUGGCACCUUCUGCGCAGACCUGGGGGACAUUUGCACCAAAUACACAGCCAUACAUGGCCCAACCUUUGGAGUCGUCAAGCCUCACGCCUGCAGAUAUCAGAUUUGGGUUGAAUAACCUGGAAUUUGGUGUGACCAACGAUGCCAUGUUAAGCCCGACACAGAUGAUCUCGAACGAAGAGAAACUGGAGAUUAUUCACAAUUUUAUGAACUUGGUGGAGUCUGAUCGUUCUCUUCUACUCUCCAAGAGUGCAAAGAACGAGAUUAACGACCUCUACCAGAGAUUACUGCAUGAUAUUACUUCGCAUCCAUCCGUUUAAUACUGCCCUUCUUUAUAGGGCUCUGUUUUAUCAAAUCCGUCUAAUGAC